AUGGAGACUUUGAUUCCAUGGGUUCGAAAGGAGCUGCCCAAAGCUUUCUCCAAGGCCAAGGACAUGCAUAAGUCUAGCCCCCUGACCAUUGUGAGCUCGGCCAAGAUGAAUGACAACGCCGGCUUCAAGGCUGGCGUGUGGUCAGCAGAGGAAUGCAACACAUCUUUGACAGCAAGUGGCAUCUACGAAGCCUCUGGCUUGGCUUUCUGGCGUCAGACCGGUACAUUUGGGGCCAAUGCUACUGAGGACAUCAACUGGGCCAACCUUGACGGGUUCAAAGAGAGGUUCUUCUCCAAGCGGGCUGCCUUCAAUGCGUUUGUCACCCGAAUGGUCGGCACCAAGAAGCAGAAGAGCGAGCGGAAACGCAUCCUUUGGCCAACAACCACGAUUUGCAGCGUGGAUUCCGUGAUAACUGCUUGCAAGGACUUUUUUGAGGGAUCUUUGCCAUUGAUUGGGCCUGGGAAAUUUGUUCUCUGGGCAUGGUACUUGGCAGUGCACGAAGCCAUCAGGGCCGGAGACAAAGACCAUCUGGAUCUCCUUUGGGAAGCAGCUUUGUCGGUGACGGUCCAGGUUCGCUUUUGUUCAGGAUUGCAGGAGAACAGCCUGGCAAGGAACUUACAGUCUGAGGCAGUGAAGGCAUUGGGCCAUGCUUCUCUUAGCGACAGCUUCGCUGUGUUUUCUCGGCUGGUGAAGGAAUUGCAGACUGAAAAGGUCCAGGAUGGUGUUGCUUUGGGCUUAGCCUACAAUGGUACUGUGUACAAUGCUGCAAUACACAAGGCUGCCCUUGUGCUUGGUGGCAUCCUGGAUCAAACAGGCCAGCCUGUGGAGAACGCUUUGUCCAGGCUGGAGUUACAGUUCGGCCGUGACAUUCUCAGCAGCGGAUAUUCCAAGCUGUCAAAGAUGAUUGCCUAUGGAAGAUCUGUGGGAACGACAUGGUCCACCAUCCAUGGUCCGCGGUCCGCACCUGAAAUCGUUUCUUGGAUGAUUGAGAUGCUUAUCCUGGCGUUCAAAACGAAAAUGCGGCUUCCCAGCAAAGCCACGGAAUCCUGGUUGGACAAGGACCGGAAGACAGGAGUGGCAGGCUUUUGGCAGGUCACAGGAGUGAUUCUCCAGGUAUUCGAAUAUUCCGAGAAGUUGAUUGCAAAGCUCCCCGAGCCCGAACUGUCGAAAGCAAAAGCAACUCUCGAAGAUUUGCUGUCCCCGGCGCAGUGCUGGGAGAAGUUCCUUUGCCCAGAUGAAAAAGCCGCAGCCGAAGUUGGGUGCUCGCACGAGGAUGAUAUCGACGAAGAGUGCGCAGUAUUGGUGCCAACAGGCUCCAUGGCUUUGGUCAAGGAGAGCUUCAACAAAGCAACUGGUUUGCUGCUUGAUAUCCUGUUGGACCUCGUCGCUGGAAAACAUUUUUCCGAUUGUCAGGAGCUUGCUUCCCAAGCUGGUGGAAUUAUCAAAGCCUUGCAGAACAUGGGUGGCCAAGAAGACUUCGAGCUCCUCAAGCAGUUGAAGAUUGUGACGGACAUGUUUGAUGGCCAAAUCCAUUUCCCCAAGCACUGCUGCACCUGCCCCAAGCCUGCUGACCCAGUUGACUGCCCAAGGGUUUUCGCACAUUCUGGCCAGCUCAACAGCAAUCACAGAUUGAUUUGUGCAUCUGCUGAUCUUUUGGUUGAGCACGGCGAUGAGCCUUGGGCUACCCCUUCUGUUCCUCCACCAAACCUUUGGAAAGAGAUUCUAGCUUUCAUGGGCUCCAGCGCCACCGGGCCAGCAGACUUCGUGAUGGCAUUUGAUGGGAGGAAGAUGAUCUGCUCAGCCAAGCCCAUGCCUGUGAAGGUGCAAUUGUUUACACUGGGGAGAUCCCGUAAAGUUCCCUUGUCUGGCAGAAAGUUGGGGCCAUCAGAUGCCCCGUGCAGCGGUCCCGCAUCAAGGUAUCGAAAAAGGAGACCUGCACCGGGCGUGGCCAGCAAGCUGCUCCUCAUGGUUCUGCGUGCUGCCUUCUGUCCAAAAAUCAGACUGCGAUGCAAGACUACCAUUGAAGCAAUUGCGAAGACCAAGGUCAAAACAGCCCAGCCUUCCCAGUGCAGCGACCAUGUGAAAAAAGGCAAAGCAGCCAAGCCGCAACAAAGUGGACGCAAGUCCCUUGUGAAGACCAAAGGCAAAACAGCCAAGCCUAGGCAGAGUGCCAGGCGCAUGGCAGUGAAGCAAAGUUUGAACACCAAAGUGAAGAAAGGAGCUUCAAAGUCUGAGUAUCAAGCAGAGAUGCGAAGAGGUGCGGCGCUUUGGAAACAAUUAGAUGACAAGCAGAAGGCUCCUUUCCACAAAAAAAGCCUUGAAGAAUUCCAAGUACAAAGGGACGCAAUGGGGCGUUUGGGCUUCGAUGUUCGGAAGUGCUUGCCGCCGGGCAAGUGCGAGGAUCGCUGUGAAUCCGAGCUAGCCCCCCGGAAUGCUUUGCCCCAUGCCCAGCGCAAGUUCCGCAUUGGCAGUUACACCGUCGUAGAGGAUCAGCUGGGUAGUGGCUCUUAUGGAAAGGUAUUUUCUUCCUGCUGCCCAAGUGGCCGGUCUUCUGCCAUCAAAGUCUACCGCAGCCGGCAAGCACAUCAUGAGGCAGCGUUUGAGCUUGCUACUUACGAGGAGCUCGGGAAGCUGGCAAUGCCGCAUUGCCAAUGGUUUCCUAUGGUCCUGGACUUUGACACCUCAGGACAACCAUGGCCCUGGUUGGCACUGUCCUACACUGGGGUUAGUUUGGCAGCCCGCUUGAACGCUGGAGGCCCAAUGCCCCAAGACUUGGUUGAACACUUGUUGCUGCAAUUGGAGGCUGCAAUCUGCGUGUUGCACGAUGAGGCCAAACUCUUGCACUUGGACAUCAAGCCGGCUAACAUUCUGUGGUGCAGUGAGCUGCGAGAGCUGCGGCUGUGUGACUUCGGCAUGUCAGAGCCUGCAUCUCGCCUUCCAGGUCCACAAUCCACGGUCCACGGUUCAUCCAAAUCUUCGGCACCGCAGGGAGAACGGGCAACAGCUGAGCCACGCUUCACAGAAUAUGUGACGCCCUUUUACCGACCACCCGAGCUGUGGAAUUUGGUGUCUGGACCAGUGGCUUUGCAGGCAGCAUUGACCAGGGCAGUGGAUUUGUGGAGUUUUGGCUGCGUGGUCUUUGAAGUUGUUACUGGCAAGCCACUCAUGAAGCCUCCGGACCGACGGCAGCCGACUUCCAAACAGUGCGUUGCUGCAUGGUGCAAGGAUUGGCCAGAGCUGAUUGCUUCCUCUGCCUGCGUUGCUGGUACUCGGGGAUCCUGGAGCUGCUGGCGUGCUCGUAUGUGGUCUUGUGGCAUGUGGAGCUCUGUGGUGCUGAACGCUUUCUGCCCUGAGCCAAAGUCCAGGAAGUGGAUGAAAGAUGGUGCUGCCCACAUCAACCGCGCUGACUGA